AUGGCUCUGCACCAGGGUACCAGAAGGGAACCACAGCAGAAGAAGGAGAUGCCAUGUGGGUCAGAUGACAGGCCUCUUGGCAGUCUAUGCUGUGUGGACCUAACCCUGCUCUUUUCUUUCUCAACAGGAAAUCACUUGGAAUGUACCUGUAAGUGUGGAGGCCUUCUGUCAGGAGGACUGUUAAAUAUAAAGACAUCCCAACCUGAGGUGGAGACGGGGAUAGCAAAAGGCAAGCACAGCCGGGGCCAUGAACAGUUCCCCACGCAGGGAAAUACUCUGCCCACAGUGAACCUGACAGAUGACCAGAUAGCCACCGGCCUCUACGUAUGUUCAAAUAAUGAAAACACACUGAAGUCCAUCAUGAAGAAAAGCGAUGGGAAUAAAGAUUCGAAUGGCGCCAAAAAGAAUCUUCAGUUCAUUGGCAUUAACGGCGGGUAA